CGAGCUGUGAACAUCAUCCGCUUUGAGCGCUUAGGCGCAGUGAUUACAUCCUCAUAGAGAAAGAUAGGGAGAAAGUCGUGUUAUUCGCCAGGCUUUCUUUAGAAGUUAUAUUUGUUGCUGAUUUCGGUUGUGCAUAAAUAGGACUUUUUGCGUUCUUUCUCUGCUGGUGUGGAAUUUCCUGUUUUGUUUUGUGACUUUUUUUCUGUGAAGAAGGGGCAGUCUGUUCUGUGCAGAGGCUAUGAGUUGGCUAUGCGUCCUGGCUCCAGCCUGCAAUGUUUGCGCUGACGCCAAAACUCACAGACCGGUGCUGAAUUGAUUAAAACAGAGAAGCUCGGAUCAAAUGGCUGUGCUUCUCACAGCUGAAACGACACAAUGUUCCACUGACCUGAGGCAGAGGAGAGGAAUUUCAAAGUCGUGCAGCCUUGUUGCUGUUUAUUUCACUGCCCUUUUACGGACAGAGAAAAUGGGAAAUGCUCAUUUCUUGUGAGAAGAGGGAAUAACAUUUAUUUUUUUUUCCGUUUUGAAGUGCACUUGGACAGAGGCAGAGGAGAUGAUUUGGUUAAUAUUCCUGCUCUCCACUCUGGAUGGAGCUGCCUCUCAGCUACGCUACACGGUGCCAGAGGAGCAGGAACCGGGCUCUGUGGUUGGGAAUAUUGCAGAGGAUUUGGGGCUGGACAUUACCAAACUUUCCGCUCGCCACUUUCAGACUGUGCCUAGUUCACGGACACCUUAUCUGGAGGUGAACUUAGAGAACGGUGCGCUCGUGGUGAAGGAAAAAAUUGACCGGGAACAAAUUUGUAAGCAGACCACCCAGUGCCUAUUGCACCUGGAGGUGUUUCUGGAAAAUCCAUUGGAGCUCUUUCGUGUGGAGAUUGAGGUGAUGGAUAUCAACGACAAUCCACCCAGAUUUCCUGAAACAGACAUUUCUGUGGAAAUCUCGGAAAGCGCUAUUCCCGGGACCCGUUUCCCGGUGGAGAACGCCUUCGACCCUGACGUUGGCACAAACGCGCUCAGUACAUAUGCCAUAACGAAUAACAACUAUUUUUACCUUGACGUGCAAACACAGAGCGACGGGAACAAGUUUGCGGAGCUGGUAUUGGAGAAACCGCUGGACAGAGAGCAGCAGGCAGUGCACCGCUAUGUGCUGACGGCUGUGGAUGGGGGCAUCCCGCAGCGGACCGGGACAGCUCUCUUGGUCGUUAAAGUUCUGGACUCUAACGACAACGCGCCCACGUUUGACCAGUCCGUGUACACGGUUAAUCUGCGGGAAAACUCACCCGUGGGCACUCUCGUGAUUCAGCUCAAUGCUACUGAUGUUGAUGAGGGACAAAACGGAGAGAUCGUUUAUUCUUUCAGCAAUCAUAACACACCGCGGAUAAAGGAAUUAUUCAACAUUGAUGCCAGAACAGGUAGGAUAGAGGUAGCGGGUGAGGUGGACUAUGAAGAGAGUGUCACGCACCAGAUCUAUGUUCAGGCUAAAGAUCUGGGAGCUAAUGCGGUCCCCGCGCACUGCAAAGUGCUUGUCAAACUCGUGGACGUGAACGACAACACACCAGAGAUCGGUUUCAGCACUGUGACUGAAUCUGUGAGCGAGCAGGACGCCCCGGGCACCGUGAUCGCACUUUUUAGCGUCUCGGACAGGGAUUCUGAUGAGAAUGGACAAAUGAGCUGUGAAAUUUUAGGGGAUGUUCCUUUUAAGCUGAAAUCUUCCUUUAAAAACUAUUACACCAUUGUGACAGACGGACCGUUGGACAGGGAGAACACAGAUUCAUACACCAUAACCGUGGUGGCUAAAGACAAAGGUCAGCCUUCCCUGGCUACCAGCAAGUCAAUUAAAGUGCACGUCUCCGACGAGAAUGACAACGCGCCCCGAUUUACGCAGGCUGUUUAUGAUGUAUAUGUGACUGAGAAUAACGUGCCCGGUGCUUUCAUUCACGCCGUGAGCGCUUUGGACCCCGAUGUAGGACAAAAUGCUCUUAUAACCUACUCCAUAUUGGAGUGUGACAUACAGGGCAUGUCCGUGGACACAUAUGUGUCAAUAAAUCAGGACACUGGCUACCUUUACGCACUACGCUCUUUUGAUUACGAGCAGCUGAAGGAGUUCAGUUUCAUGGUCCAGGCUAAGGACUCAGGUGCUCCCGAGCUCUUCUCUAACGCUACUGUAAAUGUGAUCAUAGUUGACCAAAAUGAUAACGCUCCUACUGUGAUAGCCCCUAUCGGCAAAAACGGCACAGCCAAAGAGCACCUGCCACGCUCUGCGGAACCAGGCUAUCUAGUGACGCGCAUUGUGGCCAUGGAUGCAGAUGAUGGAGAGAACGCACGCCUGUCAUAUAGCAUCCUACGGGGCAACGAGAUGGGAAUGUUCCGCAUGGACUGGAGGACAGGGGAACUACGAACAGCCCGCAGGAUAUCUCCCAAACGGGAUCCCCAGGGCUACUAUGACCUGCUGAUCGAAGUGAGGGACCACGGGCAGCCACCUCUGUCCUCCUCUGCCAGUGUGAGUGUAAUUUUAGUGGACAGCGUGAAUGAAGGCCGCGGUGUCGAUCGCGGCUCAGCUUCCAAGACAAAAGAGACCUCCCUUGACCUCACCCUAAUUCUCAUCAUUGCCCUGGGCUCUGUUUCUUUUAUCUUCCUACUGGCCAUGAUCGUGCUGGCCGUGCGCUGCCAAAAGGACAAGAAGCUCAACAUAUACACGUGCCUGCUUGCUGGUGACUGCUGCCUGUGCUGUGGCUCGUGCUGCAGCAGGCAGGCUCGUGGCCGUAAACAGAAAAAGCUAAGUAAAUCCGACAUCAUGUUAGUUCAGAGCACCAAUGUAACGUCAGGAGUCGGGCCCGUGGGGCAGGUGCCCGUGGAGGAGUCUGGUGUAGGCGGCGUAGGAGGGGGGUUCGGCUCCCACCAUCACCAAAACCAGAAUUCCUACUGCUACCAGGUGUGUCUGACACCGGAAUCUGCCAAAACGGAUCUGAUGUUUCUGAAACCAUGCAGCCCCUCUCGCAGCACUGACACAGAUCACACCAACCCCUGCGGCGCCAUAGUCACUGGUUACAGUGACCAACAGCCGGACAUCAUAUCUAAUGGCAGUAUCCUGUCUAAUGAGACAAAACACCAACGAGCAGAACUCAGCUAUCUUGUGGACAGACCCAGACGUGUCAACAGUUCGGCAUUUCAAGAAGCAGAUAUUGUUAGCUCCAAAGACAGUGGUCACGGUGACAGCGAACAGGGUGACAGUGACCAUGAUGCCACAAACCGGGGUCAUUCAGCCGGCACUGACCUGUUCUCCAACUGUACAGAAGAGUGCAAGGCCCUGGGUCACUCUGACCGCUGCUGGAUGCCAUCCUUUGUGCCAUCAGAUGGGCGUCAGGGGCCGGACUACCGUAGCAAUCUGCAUGUCCCCGGCAUGGAUGCCACACUGCCCGACACUGAGGUACCCUCCUCUGUCAACCUCUCCGACCAACUCACCAUGACCUCGUCCACUGCCUCGUCCAACGAUAGGUCAUUCUCCACCUUUGGCAAGGACGGCCAAAGGUCACAGUCACACCACAGCCUUCACCAUCAUCUCCAUCAGCAGCAACAGCAGUACAGCUCCAGCACGCUAGAGAGGAAAGAGUAUGAUAGGGGGACCCUACCAUACAAACCCACCUUUCUCUCCCGCAAAAGGAUUUGCUAGCUCAUUCCAUGUGGAUCUGUCGGAGACAGCGUGAAUUCCUUUACUAGACCACCAACACUGAUGCUGGAGACAGUGAAAUAAAACUAAACAAACGGCAACCUGGACAACAGCAACCUUGGUUAAACUUCAUUAUCUUGGGUGGCGAACUGUAACGAAGCCUUGGCUGUGUCUGCUGAGGGAGGAAAGGAGAAAUAAAAACUGAGUAGCUGUAAACCUCUAGAUAUCAAAAGAGCAAUCCAAGGCCUUAUUUCUCUCAGCAGGACUGAGACCGGGGCCGAAACUCUUGACCAUGUGAAAAUUACAAUGUCAUCAGCAGACAGAGGAAAGGAACUGAAACAAACAGAGGAAUACAAAUCAUGUGUGAUGAUGAGGGAACGGUUAAGUCAAGAAGGUGUUUUUGUUGACUGAAGAGUUAGCCUCUAGAAAUUUGUGUGUGCCUGUUUACAUAAAGAAAAAAAACAAAAGAAAAAAAAACAAAUGUUUCUGUACAAACUUCAACCAACGUCACACGGAACCCUUUAGCUAUUUCUAUGGUCACCACUAAGCCAGCUGUACAGAGACUGUGUUGCGGGAAGGAGACAAACUGCCAGAGUGAAAGUGAGAGACAAUUAGAGGAGAGCGAGAGAGAGAGAGCAGAUGUUGUACAGGUAUGAAAAAAAAUCAUGGUAAAGAGGGGCAAGCAGAGAAAAUGUGAAGUAUUAUAAAUUCUGUAUCUCUGGUUUUUAACUUGACUGUCUUUAUAUAACUUCUCUUUUUUGUUUCUGUUGUUCUUUCUGUGUGGUUAAAGUGUGCAAACUCUAAAAUAUUCCAACUUGCAAUUACAGACAGGAACAUGUGGUCUAGCGCUGAGUUCAAUCAUCUUUCCAGAUAAGCCACUUCAGGAAGGAGCUCUGAACAAAAGUACUGCGUAGAAAAAGAAGCUCAUUAGCCUCAUGUUCAGUUUAUCUAUAUAAAAAAAACCACACACACGUACACACACGCACACACAUACACACACAAAUGAAUGUUCUCAUUUCUGAAGUAGUAACAGUUCUGAUGUUCCUUCCUGAGCUGACUGACUGCAGAGAAAGUAAAAUUUCCUUUGAUGAGGGUGUGGUUCCCUUGAUGCCAUUGGCCUAUACAUAAACAAUCAGACACAUUCAGUGGUUUUUAUCAUGUGUGCAAAGUGUUUACUGUGCUAUUUUAAAAGCUUAUAAAUGAAUAUAAAUCUAUAUAUAUAACUAUAUAUAUAUAUACGCAUACAAUAUACUUUUUUCUGAAAACUGUGUAACCAUUGGUUAGUUUCUACACCUCAUAUCGUCAUUCAAUCUAAUAAAACCAAGUGCUACAAAAUCAAGAUGAUUAAAGUGAAGGGAGAGUGCUUCAGAAAACCCCUUCACAUGAACCAAGAAUUAAGUUGAUCUUAUUUGAUUGUUACUUUUCACCACUUACAGGUGCUGGGCCUUGCUGUGUGUAGCAAAGAACCAGUUGAGUUGUUUUGGCCUGUUGUGUAUUUUUACUAACAGAACAUUUGAUCAUGUACAGGACAGAGGGCUAUCACUGCAAGAUAUUGAAGGGUUUUGCAAUCAUACAGGGAAGGCAUACACAAAUACAGUACAUAUGAACAUCAAAGAUGGUGAGGCGCAAAGAAUUGCACACACAUAUACAUACACAGACCAAGUGGUGAUAAAUAAACAGUGUCAUUGAAGUUA